GGAAGACUGAGGUGCACAAGCAGUGUGUAUGAGGCAGAGAGCAACUGACUGAGCAAGAGAGUGAGAGGGUGUUUGUGAGUGUGGGAGAGAAAAAGAGAGAGAGAAACAGUAGUGAUGAUCGACGCCAGGCUGCCACCACUCUGUAGCAGUGAGUGGCUGCAACAAAAAGCACAGAAUAACAUCUCUGACUCCCUGCUCUGCUUUUUUCUCUCUCCCUGCGUCUCAGCUAGCAGACGAGGGCUCCGCUCACAGCUCUGCAGAGGCUAUGCUGACACUGAGCCGGCAUUGGAAGCAGGAUCUCUGGCUGCCAUCAACAAGUUAGGGUUGGAAGACCACAGCCAUGAAAGAGGAACGCUUGAUCUUCAAUUAACCAUCUGAGCUGACAUCAUUGCGGUGGAAGGGAAACAAAAGGGUAAAAAAAAGAAAAAGAAAAAAAGGAGAGGGGGGGGGGUCUGUUCACCGGAGUCGCUCUGGAUGCAACUGAUCAAUUAAAAAAAUUUAUAUAUAAAUAUUUAUUUCACGGAUUCGUGGGAUGAAGGAAAAGAUUCAAGAUUCGACCCUUUCUUUGAGCUUGGAUUUUAAAGGACUCUAAGCAAAAUAACAGGAGUAAACAUCAUCUUGGGACAUGGAAUUUCAUAUUUUGUUUCAAUUGGGUGGGCUCAGAAUUGCUUUAUUUCCAAAGAGGCUGAUUCCUUUUGUGCUUACUCAAAAGGGUUUUUUCCCUUUGGAUUUUUCUUCCAUCUGGUUGCUCCAGGAGUCUGCGGAAAAGGACAGUUGAAUGCAGCCUCCGAUGUGCACAAAAGAAUGGGUUUCCAUUCAAGGUGGCCAUUGGUGGGACCUGCACCAGCGGCUCUGUUUCUGUGUGUGAUCAGCAUGCUCCUAGUGUGCCUGCUCCCUCCUGCAUCGUGCACAACCUGCCCUCAAAAAUGCCGCUGUGAGGACCUGCAGUUCUACUGCGACACCCAGGGGCUUCAGGCACCCCCAGAUGGUGUGGACAAGGGGGCCCUGGGGUUGUCACUACGCCACAAUAGCAUCACUGAGCUCAGCCCUGAUCAAUUCUAUGGCUUCAGCCAGCUCACAUGGCUACAUCUAGACCACAACCAGAUUACCACAGUACAAGAGGAUGCCUUUCAAGGGCUCUACAAGCUGAAGGACCUAAAUCUGAGUUCCAAUCGUAUCACCAAGUUGCCCAACACAACCUUCAUCCACCUCAUCAAUCUCCAGAUACUGGACCUGUCCUUCAAUCAAAUGACUGCAUUGGAACCAGAGCUGUUUCAUGGACUGAGGAAGCUCCAGAUACUCCACCUCCGCUCCAAUUUACUUCGCACCACUCCUGUUCGGGCAUUCUGGGACUGCCGCAGCCUGGAAUAUCUGGGCCUGAGCAGCAACCGUCUACGGAGUCUGGCUCGGAAUGGAUUUGCUGGGCUCAUUAAGCUUAAAGAGCUCCACUUGGAGCACAAUCAGCUGACCAAGAUCAACUUGGCCCAUUUCCCUCGCCUUGUUGCCCUCCAGUUUCUGUAUCUGCAAUGGAAUAAGAUAAGCAACCUAACAUGUGGCAUGGAGUGGACCUGGACCACUUUAGAGAAGCUGGACCUCACAGGAAAUGAAAUUCGUGUCCUGACAACUGAUGUGUUUCAAACGCUGCCAAAUUUAAAGAUUUUGCUGCUGGAUAACAACAAACUAAGCAGUCUGGAUCCCCAAGUCAUGGAUAUGUGGCAGUCUCUGGGUACCGUUGGGCUGUCUAGCAACCUUUGGGAAUGUACCAAAAGGAUUUGCUCUCUGGCCACUUGGCUAAGCACCUUUAAGGGAAGGUGGGAACAUUCCAUUCUCUGCCAUAGUCCUGAGUAUGCCCAAGGUGAGGAGAUACUUGAUGCUGUUUAUGGAUUCCAACUUUGCCAAAAUUUUUCAGCGCCGGUUGUUCAGACCAUUGGUACAACAACAGACGCUACUAUAGCUGCAGAGAUCACAAGCUCCUUGUUUGGAAUUAUGCAGCCAACCCCCACGCAGGACUAUGCAGAGGAUUUUGGGAGCUUUACCACAGUCACUACCACAACAACCACAACACAAACACCACGCACUGCUCAAGCAACUACCGCUACAUUGGAAGAGGCAGCUGUAACUGAGGACUUCUCUGCAAUGGACAACACUGCUAUGACUCAUAGGGUUAUCAUUGGAACUAUGGCUCUUCUAUUUUCAUUCUUUUUCAUCAUUUUUGUUGUGUAUAUCUCACGGAAGUGCUGCCCUCCCACCCUGCGCCGGAUACGGCACUGUUCAGCUAUUCAGAACCGCAGACAGAUGAGGACCCAGCAGCGGCAGCCUAUGGCAGAUCUAGCUACACAGGUACCCUAUAAUGAGUAUGAGCCCAGCCAUGAAGAAGGGGCACUCGUGAUCAUCAAUGGCUAUGGGCAGUGCAAGUGUCAGCAACUGCCUUACAAAGAGUGUGAAGUAUGAACUCUUAUUUAUUCCUAGAGCAUAUGGUUUGCCAUUUGACCAUUUCAGAUGAUACAGGGUUUGCUUUUUUGCUUUUUUUCCCAGUUUAUGUAAAAAGCAUAAUUUCUACAAGUGAGAUUUGAGAAUAUGUGAGAAAUGUUGAAUGCUACAAUGACAGAGGUUAAACAUGACAGUUUAGGGAUGAUGUAGAGAUAGUCACAAAUUUAUUUUUCUAUGAAUGCAAGGUUGUUCAUAUCAGGCAGGGGCAAUCAUUUUAAACAAGAAAAUUGUAAACUGUGAGAUUUGUCUCCACAUUGUCUAUAUUCUGCAGCACAGAGAAAAUACUUAAAUAGGGCCAAAUGGCCCUCUGCUAACAGAAUACAUUAAGUGGAGAAAUGUGAUUUAUGUCUUAUUUCUUUUAAAAAGUAAAUAUUUGAAAUCAUGUUUCUAACUGCGCCACAGGCAGUGUAAGCCAAUCACUCAAUCAUUGGGCAAAAUUAAUUGGAUCAAUAAUCAGAAUGUUUUGUUUUAUACUUUCAUUGUUUUGGGAGAACUAUGACACAUUAAAAGGCCACUAAGACCAAAAUCAAAUUCUGAAUUAUAACUGAAAAUUAAUGUCAAUAUUGUUAUUAUACUACAAAUAAAAAUAACUUGUCUCUUGAGGAAAGAAGAACCCUGAAAUUCUAUUCAGUAUACACUAAUGAUAUAUUUACCAAAUCAGACAUGGGUCAAUUAGGCAAGUCUAUAACCUUC